CCAUAUCUUACACAAAUCCAACCAUUCCAUCACUACAAGCUAUAGCUCGUAUUGGCAAGCUAGAAACUUCAAAAAUGAAAGGGCUUGUAGUGAUGACGUUUUGUUUCUUUCUUUUGCUUGUUGCUUCUCCUUCAGCUUUAGCUUCCAGGAAAAGUUCCAAAUACCCAAAACCAUGCAAACAAAUUGUGCUUUAUUAUCAUGACAUCCUUUUUGGUAGAACUCGCAACAUUCUCUCUAAUUCAACAUCUUACAGAAUUACAAAUGCGACCAACCUAGGCAACUACCAGUUUGGCUCCCUCAUUAUUUUUGAUGAUCCCAUUACCAAAGAUGAAAACCUCCGCUCUCCUCCGGUCGCCGCAGCUCAAGGGCUGUAUGUUUACGAUAUGAGAACUGACUACAGUACAUUCUUUGCAUUUUCUUUGAUUUUCAACUCGACUGAACAUAAAGGUACUAUCAAUAUCAUGGGGUCCGACCCUUUAGGGGCGCCUACUCGGGAUCUCUCAGUGGUUGGAGGAACUGGAGACUUUUUCAUGGCUAGAGGUAUUGUAACUUUCACAACUGAAGCUAUCGAAAGCAUUGAGUAUUUCCGCCUCAAGAUGGAUAUUAAAUUGUAUGAAUGUUAUUAGUUAGAGUUUAUGUACUCGGCUCUCUUUAAUUUUGCGAUCGGAUAAUCUUUGCUUUAGUAAUUGUUGAGCAAGGGAGCUCGUGUAGUGUGCACAAAUAAGCAACCUUGAUUAAGGUUUGCAAAUGUGUCUUUGUUUUAGUACCAUUUGUAAUAGAAUUAAUCCAGUUUUAUAUGUUUGAGUGUU